CUGUUUACGUUCCCACAAAUGACGUCACGCAGAUAACGUUUAACAAAUAGUUUCAAAACCGAAACAACGGAUAACUUGAGAAACAACUCUUCUCUGCUCUUGUAUCGGCUGGGUUCAGACUGUCUCUAUCUUAGCUACGUACCGGAGCACCGGAGAGAGAGGACCACCUCCGGUUUCAGCCGUAUUGCUCUUGUUUUAAGGAUCGAAGAAAGCUAGCCGAGGCUGCUAAGUAAAGCUAACGUAAAGUAGGUAGCUGGUAGCUAGCUAGCGAGUUAGCGACUGAAACUCAUCAGCACUUCAUCGUUUUAACUGAGGGCUCCACGUCUGUCAGUAUGGAGAAUAAAUAUAACCUAAAGAGUCCAGCGGUGAAGAGGCUCAUGAAAGAGGCUGCUGAACUGAGGGACCCCACAGAACACUAUCACGCCCAACCACUGGAAGAUAACCUCUUUGAAUGGCACUUCUCCGUACGCGGGCCCCCAGAUUCGGAUUUUGAUGGCGGGGUUUACCACGGCAGGAUCGUACUCCCCCCGGAGUACCCCAUGAAGCCUCCUAGCAUCAUCCUCCUCACACCCAAUGGGAGAUUCGAAGUUGGGAAGAAGAUUUGUCUGAGCAUCUCUGGCCACCAUCCGGAGACGUGGCAGCCCUCUUGGAGCAUCCGAACUGCCCUAAUAGCUAUCAUCGGAUUCAUGCCAACAAAAGGAGAAGGAGCGAUAGGAUCUCUUGAUUAUACCCCAGAGGAGAGGAGGGCCCUUGCCAAAAAGUCCCUGGACUUCUGCUGCGAGGCGUGUGGCUGCUCCAUGCGCUCCGCCCUCCUGGCCCUGACCCCCAACAGUCAUCCCAGCGCCGAGGACCACAAGGCCAAAGAACUGGCUCAGCAAAUCAACUUCAAGGCGGAGUCCAGUUUAUCCAGACAGGCGAGCGAGAGCGGAGGAGCAGAGAGCAAACCCUCCACACUCACCCAGGGAGACUCCUCCACGUCUGCCAGCCAGGAAGAAGCUGACUGGCCCCAGGCCGAACAGCCAGAGGCGUCUCCCGCCGCUGAGGUAUCCCCGCCCCACACGACCCCCGGCACCGGCCGGCCUCUCAGUCCCCGGCAGCGUCGCACCCAGCAGCACAGCCACCAGGCUCAGAGAGACAGCAGAGAAGCGGCCAAUAGGCCGGCCUUCGCCGCGCCCCCCCGUCAGCCUCAGGAGGAAAGCCACGCGGGCUCCGCCGUCCUCAUCGUGGUGCUCACUCUGGCUCUGGCUGCGCUCAUCUUCCGCAGGAUCUACCUGGCUCAAGAGUACAAGUUUGACUACGAGCUGUGACCACACACCAGGCCUCCCCUCCCUCCCUCCCUCCCUCCUUCCCUCCCUCCCUCCUUCCUUCCCUCCCUCUCCUCACCCCCGAGUCAGCCCUUCCUGCCACCACCCCAAACGAACUAUGACCAACUGAUGUGGAAGCAGAACCGAGGCAGUGGCUGACGCACGCUUUCUGGUGUACUGCUCGUCAGCGGAGAGGCUUCGGUCUCCACCGAGGAGGAACUUUCAUUCCUGCAGGGGAGGCGCUCCACUCACCACAACACCUCCAGGGUGUCUUUUAAUCAAUGUGAAUUUUACUCUCCAGCGUGUCAUGCAUUUUUAAGAAUGGGAAGCUUUGUUGUUUGUGAUCAGCUCAGCAGCCGCACACACCACAUCCCCCCUUCCAUGUAAUUGUCUAUCCUCGGGCUGCUGCUUAUUCCCAUUAUUUAAUUAAAAUUAUAAUACAACAUGUCAGCAACAUGGAAUUAUGGGGGAUUUUAUGUAUGUCCUUUUUAUGUUCUUAGGCACAGAGCUCCGUUUAACAGUGCAAGUGAAACAACCAGUGGAAAAAACAUAGAGGAGCAGUGACUAUUUUAGUUCAUGCAGAUGCAGUAGGUCCUUUGUGUCUCUCACAUUGUAAACGGUCACAUCAUGUUGUAGCUGAUGCGAUGUGGCAGCGCUGUGUAUUAUAAGAAUAAUGCACGAAGGGAAGGAGGCAGUAAUCGAUGAGGCUUGUUGAUCCGAUGUCUCCCACAUAAACAGACAGAAAGCUGGUCUACAGCAGACCAGUCUGUCGUGUGUGGCUGCAGGUUUUAUUAAUAUUUAAGGAACUGAAGAAGGUUUUCGAUAAAGCAGCUGUACAUAACAGAUACUGUAAGAAUCUGUCAUUAACCGAUCAGUGCAGGCUGAUUUACCAACGUUUGCGUGUAACUCCAUAUUCUGUGACCACUGUCAUGUGUGCCUGCAGUCGAGCUGUUGCAGGGAUGUUAUCACACUUUCUAUAAGCGAGCAGCCGAACGUGCCUCAAAGUCACAGUUUCUGACACAGUCUGUCAGAAACUGUGACCCUGUAGUAUCUGAAUAAAAUCAAUAAAACAUGUUGCAUCCAAAUGCAACUGUCUCUCACCUUUUUAUAAAAGCUGACAACAACAAAACAAACUGUCGAGAGUCAACAGAAGACGGGUCACUAGUUUUUCAGCAUGAGAAAAUGUGAGAAAAAUACAGAGCGACAAGUUAUUGUCAGGUGGGUCACCUCUCUCUCUCCGCCUUUUUAGAGAAUGAAUCACAUUAACAUCACUUGAUUAGAAACAGCCACUUGUAAAAGUGUGACUGUUUCCUUGCAACAGCAGCUCCUGCGGUCACACGUUAAAGGGGAACACUUCUGUUUGUACACAUCAAAGUGUGUGUAUGUGUUUCCGACGGGGGUGAAGGGUCCAGAGGGAUGUGUGAAGUCUGAUAAGUGUCCUCAAGUGAUGUCACAUGAGUCAGCGUGGGUUUGGAGCUGAAGACUACAGGUUUGAAAAAAUGAUAAUAAUAAUAAUAAUAAUAAUAAUCUGCAUGUGUGUUGGAACUACAUUAGCUAGCAUAACCAUAGACUGUAAAUAAAGAUGGACGUAGCCUCCAUGACGUCACACACAGGUUUCUGAAGAGCAGUUUUGAAGCUCAGAGUGAGCUGCUCCAUCGUCGCCAUCUUGGCAGUUUUUUGACUCCGCCCCCUAACUCCCAGCGAAUCCAAAAAUGAGCAAAGAGAUGGGGCGUGUGUGUGACUUGGAAGAAUGCCAGCUUGUGACAAGCAUGCGCUUACGCACCUGUCACUCAAAGAGGCCACGCCCUCAAUUAUGCAUAACUAUAAGUCUUUAUGAAAUGUAAACAGGUGAGUUAUAUAAACAGGUGUCAUGAAGGGGGAAAUUAGCUUUAGAAAACAAAACAGUUUUUUGUAACAGGCUGUAAACGCAUUUAUUUCUGCUGUAAAGUUGGAUUUUUUAACAUGGGAGUCUGUGGGGAUUGACUGGCUGUUGGAGCCAGACUCUAGUGGCCAUUACAGGAACUGCAGUUUUUGGUACCGGUCGCCCGAUGUUGCAUUAUGGGUGAUGUAGGUGCCAGAUUUUGAUGAGGAAGACAGAAGGAAGACGCUGUCUCUAGUUCUGCUGCAUAGAUUUCGAUCCAUAGUAAGUCACACAGUGUUACAGGAGUGUACGGCUGCUUGCGUUUUUUAACAUGGUCACAGAAUAUGUUGCAACACCUGCUAUAAUCUCAUGACACUUUCAUUUUCGAAGGUGAUUUAAAUGCAUCUGGUUGGGCUUAUUAAUUAAAUUUUUCACUCAAAAUUUGAAGCAUUAUCACAUAAUUCAUCAGUUUGUUCUUAUUGACAAAAUCACUAAAUUGCCAAGCGUUUGCUUCAAAACGCCAACCACCUAAUUUGUGCUGAAUUUCAGCGAAAGAAAAAGUACCAAUCUGCCACUAAAACAGAGAACACAGAGUAAUAAUUAAAGGGUGGCUGUUUGCCUCACUUACUGAAGUAUAGCAUGAGCUGCUUUGAACUGUUGUUGCCAUAUCGACAUUUACCGAUCAUUUUAGGGAUUAUUAUGUGCACCGGUAAACAUGGUCUAUGUUUUCUCUCACAUCCUCAAACAGUUUUUACUCAUCUUUAUCUGAAUCAGGAAGUCAUGUCUUUCUGUGGACAGUGUAAUUCCAUUCAUUUGUAUCUUUCCUCCCUCCCUGCCUCUCUCCCUGUCUCCCCUGCUGUUUCAUGGUAUUCACACCACAUCCCUGUGCAUUAAUCUCAUUUGGCUUGCACUCUCUGAAGCUGUAUGCAAACAGUCAUCCCCCCCGUGCUUGUAUAAAUAGACCCAAACACUGUCUAACAUUUACCUUCUUUGAUAUACUUUGAGUAGGGGUUUAUCACUCUGAUGAGACUCAGCGGAACUGGGAAGCAAUUUAAAUUCAUUCUGAUGGCUUUUGGACACGUACGGCAACUUAGCAGCAUACAAAUAGCCGAAGGUAGUCGUAGCAGUCUACCUGUUGAGUGGAACAAAUCUAUAUUGGUAGUUUUUUCUCUCUUAUUCGGGCAACAUCUUAUACCUGCAUGUGUCCAGGUUUCACUUGAAGGCAGCAGAGAUUCUCUGUGAAUAUUCAUGUUCUUCAAAUAUUCAUAUUCUCCGAAUCUCUCUGUAUCUGCCUCUUCAGUUAUUGUGCCCAAGGUUGGUAUACUGGUGUAUAAACAAAAUAAAUGACUUGAAUGAAAGAAUGUGA